AAGAAAAAAAAUGGUGGGAAGCAUUAACCUCAUCUCCUGCAACUUCUCUCGUCUUCCUCCUCCUCCUCUAAAACUCUCCAGACAACUUCAGACCCUAAGGCAACCCCGAAUCCCUGCCCUUGUACAAUCAAGAGCUCGUUCACCUUUUCUCCGUCGCAACAACAGUUGGCAGUUCCCGAAACACGAGAAGAAGGGUCUCUUCCAUUUCCAUGUGUGCAAAAGUUCACUAAACAACCCAGAUCCAGACAAAACUAAAAUUCAAGAUGAAGGAAGAGACUGGACCAGCUCUGUGUUGCUUUUCGCGCUCUGGGGUGCGCUUCUUUACUAUUGCUUCAACCUUGCUCCUGAUCAAACCCCAACACAAGACUUGUACUUUCUGAAAAAGCUGUUGAAUUUGAAAGGUGAUGAUGGUUUUAGGAUGAACCAGAUCCUUGUUGGGUUAUGGUAUAUAAUGGGUUUAUGGCCUGUGGUGUACGCUAUGCUCUUACUUCCUACUGGUCGAAGUAAAACUCAGGCAUGGCCUUUCGUUGUGUUUUCCUUCUUUGGUGGCGUCUACGCUUUGCUACCUUAUUUUGCACUGUGGAAUCCACCUUCUCCUCCUGUAACAGAGGAUGAACUUAGACAAUGGCCUUUGAGUGUCCUGGAAUCAAAAGUAACUGCUGGGGUAACUCUCGUUGCAGGACUAGGUUUGAUUCUUUAUACGGUAGUUGGUAAUGCCGGUGACUGGAAAGAGUUUUAUCAGUACUUUCGAGAGAGCAAAUUCAUUCAUGUCACGAGUCUUGAUUUCUGCUUACUCUCUGCUUUUGCUCCGUUUUGGGUUUACAAUGACAUGACCGCCAGAAAAUGGUUUGAUAAAGGCCGUUGGCUGUUACCUGUAUCCGUGGUGCCGUUCUUGGGACCUUCUUUGUAUCUUCUCUUACGACCAGCAUUGUCAGAGACAACACCUCCCGCAGAUUCUGCGUCAUCUUCUGACUAAAGUCAGUAGUAACAUCAAGAUUGGAUUGAUGAUGGCUACUUCAGCUCCUUGCAUAUCUUCAGAUUCAGUACCCACAGUGUUUUUACUCUCUUCUGUUGCUCCUUUAUUGAUGGAAUUAGAAUGAGAAAUAUUGUAUUAUAUAAGGUGUUUAGAAACCCCCCUCAUGAACAAAGGUUACUCUAGUGAUGUUAAUGAAAGGAAAGUCAAACCCAAAAUUGUCAAAGUAAUA